AUGGAGUGGUUUCAGGGUGAGGUUUCAGAAGCAGUCAAAUUGGUGAAACAAGAGUCUAAAGUUCUCCUGGUUUUUAUUAAAGGAACUGACGAUGAAUCUGGAUUCGUUGCCAGUCAGUUUGAUGAACAGGUUUCAAGAUCUUGUUGCAAUUUAAUAUGUCUUCAGUUGGAUGCCUCAUCUCAUGCUACUGCACAGUUUUCAGCCGUUUAUGCAGUGCUUACUGUCCCAUGCAUCUACCUGAUCAACCCCGAUGGACAAGUAAUUGAUGUUAAGUUGGGUCGUAUUGACAAUAAAGACUUGAUUGACUGGAUACGUAGUUCAGAUAGGAGAUCGAUUGAAGUUGCAAGUAUACAAACAAGUAACGAUCCAUCAAAGGCUGUGACACCUGCUGUACCACCAUCGUCAUCUUCUCCAGGUUUCAUACACACUGAGGCUAAUCACGUUACCACAUCAGAUACGGUGGAACCACAAGCACCACUUUCGUCUGGGCAAGCGUUAGACGAACGAGUGGAUUACGCCCGCAAGUUAAUUGAAGCACAGAGGCGAGAAAAAGAAGAGGAAUAUAGGAAGAAAUCUAUUGAUGCUGAAAUUAAACGUCGAGAAACGGGAAAAGCUUUACAUGAGUUUAAAGAACGUCAGAGGCAAAAAGAAAUCGAUGAGGCUAUGGCUGAACGUCGUAAAGAAGAAGCUGAAUCACGCGCACAACUUGAAAAACUACGUCAACAAAUUGAAGAAGACCGUAAAGCGAGAGAAGAAAGGUGGCAACGUGUGAAUGGUUUGCAGCCACCAUCGACUGAGAAUACAAUUUCAGUUGAUCCAGAGUUACCCAGAAGUUCAUGCGAUUCAAAUGAGGUUCGACUGCAAUUACGGUCGUUAGAAGGUGGCCACUUAGUGCAUCAAUUUCCUGCUACUGCAUCUCUUGCCGGUGAUGUGCGUAAUUGGAUCCAAGAAAUGGCAUCGUGCAAUUUCCAGACGGUUGAUAACCUGCAGGUUUUGAAUGAACCAGCGAUCAGCAUAUUUAGGAACUUGAUAAAGAAGGGAUACCGAUUUUUACAGUUGCAUCCUAAAAGGUUGCUUGAACCUGAAGAGGAGUGUCAGUCAUUACGGGAACUCGGUUAUUGUCCUUCGGCCACAUUGUUCCUAGUUUCGGAUAGACCUAAUCAAGCCGUCAGUCUUUCAUCCGGAGGAAUAGCUUCGCAGUUUUAUUGCAUUAUCACUUCAGGUGUCAGUAGUGUUUAUGGUCUACUUAGUUGGGCAUUCAGUGGGAUAUACUCUUUGGGUCAUGGUCUGGUGUCUACCGUGACAGGUUCCCGUACACAACAGUCUAAUAGUAAUUCUAAUAGACUACCUGUUAAUCCAGACAAUGCGCCACGCAGCCAUUCUGUGAGACGCCAGGGUAAUAUUGCACGUCUUUCUCAUAUGCCGGAUAAUUCAGACGAUGAACAGGCUCGAUGGAAUGGAAACUCAACAGAACAAUUGUGA